AGCUUCGCAGCCUCUGCCCCAUUUGCUUGGAGAGCAAAAAAACUCUUUGUUUGACGAAGGGGAAAUCCGCCUCCAAAACUCUCUCUCUCUUUCUCUCUUUCUCUUCCCCUGUAAAAUUUUCUCGGCAACCAAACAGGACCGAGGAAGUCAACGCCACCGUUUUGCAGUUUUGACCGUGUCAGAUGGUGAAAAGAGAUUCUGAGGCACAGUUCUUUGUGGUGGCUGCACUUGAUUUUGAGCGUCUGGUUAAAAUGAAUGUCAAAAUGGGGACGCGGAAUAGUGUAAUCGCUCAUCGCAUUGUGAAAGGAUAGCGAUGUAGUCUGGUGGUGGCCUUUUUGUGUUUUCUUUUGCGAGAAUGUUUGACAAUUAAAGGGUAACAAGUUUUCUGGCUUGAGAAGGAUUUCUUGUUCUAGAGAAACUGACAGAAAAAAUGGAAGGUCCAAAUUUUUAAGUGUCAUAUCGUUCAUUCACUUAUGUGAGUGAAAGAUGGAAAAGGUUGAUUUUGCGCUGCAGGGGACAAAGCCGUUUUUUGUACGAACAUAGAAGUUCCCAAUUUCUUGUACUUUGAAGGGAUUAAGAGAAAUACAGGUUUGCGGAGAAUGGUAAUUGGUUAAUGGAAUUCAUUUUGUGUUGCCAUGGCUUGGUUAUGAGCCAGGGGAAUGAAUGGUAGUUACCGAGUUGGUGACCCUGUUGACAUAUCGUGACUUUACAGACCACUAAACUCACUACGUCAACUGGGAUCACCUUGUCUUUGAUGAUCUAUCAGAUAAUGAUAAGGGCCAAGCACAUCAGUAAUCUUUCCAGCACUGCAAGAUCCUUUUUUCUCAAUGGAUCAAGAUGUAAUGCAUCUGAUGGAAAUUCUUGUACAUGCACUGAGGAUGAAACUUGUGUCUCAAGAAGGCAGCAUAUUAGGAAUGAAGUUGUACAGACUGACAAAAGGGCAUCAAGUUUUGUCCGCCAGUCAUCAGCUGGAGUAGCAGGAAGUAUAUUACUGAAAGAGCCGGGUAAACCUGUGGGUCUGAAGAAUGUUGAGCGUUUUGACCGGCCAUCUCUUCUGCCACAACUUGUUUCAUCUCCUGCUUCACUGGGACGAUCGGAUUCUCUAAAUUAUACUGGCACGGUUGUUGAGGAUACUGAAGAAUCAGCUCCGAUCGGUGAUCAGCUUUAUAGGGCUGGUAUUGUUGCAGUUAGUUUCUUAUCAGAUUUAGUGAACUACAAGACACAAUUAUCCAAUGGAAUUGAUAUGUUUGGCUUGCCCGCAAAAAGUAUGGUCGAUCCUACUCGGCCUAUUUCAAGUGUCAAGCCAUCAAAUGUGAAAUCCAUCCGAAGAGAGCACUUUGCGAAAGUCUACCCUAAAUCAUCUGCCAAAGAGUCAUCAGGAAAGAAUCCUACAAGCAACUAUCAAGGUGCUAAGGAAGCAGAAAAGGUGGGAUUUUUUAAAGGCUUUAAACAAGUUUCACAUGGUGCUGCAGGGAAGUCAUUUGAUGCUCAGGCUUUGUCAAGUUCAGUCCCUGGCAAGAGGAAAAGUAUGCCACAAAAACCCAAUGUUGAUUCCAAUAGGUUUGUGCCAGGUCGUUAUGACUGUAACAUGCAUUCUUCAGACGAAAGGAUGAUGAAAUCCGGUGUUGAAGGUUUAGGUAAACCCUCAAGGGAAAUGAUGAAAAUGCCACCAGGGGCUGCUCCGACACCUCGGCACCAUUGUAACACCGGAUAUGUUGUGGAAAAUGUUUCUAGUAUAUUAAGAAGAUUCAGGUGGGGCUCAGCUGCGGAAGAGGCUCUUCAAAAUCUCGGUUUGAGGAUGGAUGCAUACCAAGCCAACCAAGUUCUUAAACAGAUGGAUGACUAUACAGCUGCGCUUGGUUUCUUCCAUUGGUUGAAAAGGCAACCAGGUUUCAAGCACGACGGGCACACUUACACUACCAUGGUUGGUAUCCUUGGUCGUGCAAAGCAGUUUGGUGCAAUAAACAAGCUUAUGGAUCAGAUGGUUAGGGAGGGAUGCCAGCCAAAUACUGUGACAUACAAUCGACUUAUCCACAGCUAUGGCCGUGCGAAUUAUCUGAAUGAUGCUAUGAACGUGUUCCAUCAAAUGCAAGAGGCUAGAUGUGAACCUGACCGUGUAACUUACUGUACCCUUAUAGAUAUUCAUGCUAAAGCUGGAUAUCUUGACAUUGCCAUGGACAUGUACCAGAGAAUGCAAGCAGCUGGUCUUUCUCCCGAUACUUUCACUUAUAGUGUUAUAAUCAACUGUCUUGGAAAAGCUGGUCAUUUACCUGCAGCUCAUAGGCUCUUUUGUGAAAUGGUUGGUCAGGGUUGUACGCCCAACUUGGUCACAUACAACAUCAUGAUAGCCUUACAUGCAAAGGCACGGAACUACCAGAGUGCGUUGAAGCUCUAUCGAGACAUGCAAAAUGCGGGGUUUGAACCUGACAAAGUGACAUACAGUAUAGUAAUGGAGGUGCUUGGACACUGUGGAUAUCUUGAGGAAGCAGAGGCUGUUUUCACCGAGAUGACACGCAAAAACUGGAUCCCUGAUGAACCGGUUUAUGGUCUUUUGGUGGAUUUGUGGGGAAAAGCCGGUAACGUGGAAAAGGCUUGGCAGUGGUAUCAGGCCAUGCUUCAUGCUGGUCUACGACCUAAUGUCCCGACAUGCAAUUCCCUUCUUAGCACCUUCCUUAGGGUUCAUUGGCUGGCUGAAGCCUAUAACUUACUACAAAACAUGUUGUCACUCGGUCUACAGCCUUCUUUGCAGACCUACACAUUACUCUUGAGUAGUUGCACCGAUGCUCGGUCCAACCUUGACAUGGGCUUCUGUUGCCAGCUAAUGGCAGUCACAGGUCAUCCAGCACACAUGUUUCUCCUUAAAAUGCCGCCUGCUGGACCUGACGGCCAAAACGUGCGGGACCAUGUCAGUAACUUCCUCGACCUCAUGCACAGCGAGGACAGAGAGAGCAAACGAGGGCUUAUGGAUGCUGUGGUGGACUUCCUCCACAAGUCAGGGCUAAAAGAAGAGGCGGGUUCUGUCUGGGAAGUCGCUGCAAUGAAGAAUGUGUACCCUGAUGCCGUUAAGGAGAAAAGCUCCAGCUACUGGCUUAUCAAUCUCCACGUGAUGUCGGAAGGAACUGCUAUCACAGCUCUCUCAAGGACACUAGCCUGGUUCCGCAAGAAAAUGCUGGUCUCAGGAGCUGCUGGUCCUUCCCGGAUUGACAUCGUUACAGGUUGGGGCAGGCGAAGUAGAGUCACGGGCACGUCACUGGUGAGACAGGCGGUGGAAGAUCUGCUCAAUAUCUUCGGUUUUCCAUUCUUCACGGAGAACGGGAACUCGGGUUGCUUUGUUGGCUGUGGAGAGCCUCUGAACAGGUGGUUACUACAGUCUUAUGUGGAGAGGAUGCAUUUGCUGUAAUUAGAUUUAGUCUGUGGCGUAUGAAUUUGGCCUUUUGGAUUUUGUGGUUUGGCCAAAUGCAUUUUGGGAAAUGGUUUUUGUUUACCGAGUUCCUAAGUUAACGGUAAGGGACUAGUUGCCGGCGACCGGUAUUUUCUCUCUACUUGCAAGAUCUUGGACUUGUGAGUGUAUCACCAGCUGCCAAGUAGUGCUAAAUGUUUUUAGGUAUUUAUUGAAUUCUAUGUUUUUUAUUCAUGCCAGUUAAAUCUUUUAUUUGUCUUUUCUGUUUGACAAGUUCAACAAAGAGACAUGUACCUAAAUGACCAUUUGCUGUUUCUUUGUCUA